AUCCUUGUCUCAUUACCAUCAAAAGGAUAGACAUAUCAGCUCUAUCCAAGAUACAAGAAUCACAACUUAAAAUGGCAGGCUUUUCUCGUGGUGGCGGAGGUGCUGAUCGCUCAGCAUAUUCAAGCAAUCCUUAUGCCAGUGGUGGAAGUACUGGAGGUGCAGGAUAUCGUCCUAGCGGUGGUGCCGGUGGUGCAGGAUAUGCAAAUAGUGGUGCAUCAGCAUACGGCAGUAGAGGGGCUGGAUAUGGCGGUGGCGGAGCAGGCUAUGGUGGUGCUGGAGGGGGUGGAGGUGGUUAUGGUGCUCCUCCACCACCACCUCGAGCUACCGGCGGUCACUCAAGCGGAUAUCCUAAUGAGAAAGCAUCUUUUCCCCCACCAGGAGGCGGUGGAAAUCACAUGAUCGUCAAAUGCCCUGACAAUUACGUCUUGACAAAUUGCUUGGUUGUCAAUGGGCAAGAAUGGGGAAAUGCACGAUACAUCAUGAUCGAUGGCCGGUACGUUUUCACAGCAAUCGCUGAUAAUUCUCGACAAAUUCAACCCGGCCAAAUCGGUGCUGCCCACUUGCAGAGACAAUGGUCCGGCGUAAGCCAUGGACAAUACGUGCAUGCAGAAGAAUACGACCCUCAAGCAGAAGGCGGAGGCAUAUACCUGGCAGGCUUGGAUGUCGAAUUGAGUUUCCUCAAAGCUGGUAUAGAGACUGGAGAACAAUACGAUGUGGAUGAAAUGACCAGAAAUUUUAUCAGAUCGCAUGAAGGUCACAUCUUUACCGUCGGACAGCUUCUCGUGAACGAAUUCCACGGCCAGAAUUUCAAAGCUAUAAUCACUGGUGUCAAUGUUGUUGAGGGUGAUCAGCAUGCAGCUCCACGAGGUGCUCGCAUCCAAAGAGGUGUUUUGAUGGCGCAAACUCAAGUCAGCAUCUACAAGGCAUCGAACGCGAAUAUCAAGUUCAAAGCAAGUGGAAAAAGAGCCCCCACAAACGCUAUCGUUCAACCAAAUUUCAAGUUCGAAGAUAUGGGCAUCGGUGGUUUGGACACUGAAUUUUCUGCCAUCUUCCGUCGUGCAUUUGCAUCACGUAUUUUCCCCCCAGCACUCGUUGAUAAAUUGGGCAUUCAGCACGUCAAGGGUAUUUUGCUUUUCGGUCCUCCAGGUACGGGAAAAACCCUGAUGGCCAGACAGAUUGGUAAAAUGCUGAAUGCACGCGAACCAAAGAUUGUAAAUGGUCCAGAAAUUCUGAACAAAUUCGUUGGUGCUAGUGAAGAGAACAUUCGAAAGCUCUUCGCUGACGCAGAGAAAGAAUACAAAGAGAAAGGUGACGAAUCAGGCCUACACAUUAUCAUCUUUGAUGAAUUGGAUGCAAUCUGUAAGCAACGUGGUUCGACUGGAGGCGGCACUGGUGUGGGUGAUUCGGUGGUGAAUCAAUUAUUGUCCAAGAUGGAUGGUGUAGAUCAAUUGAACAAUAUUCUGUUGAUCGGAAUGACGAACCGAAUGGAUAUGAUCGAUGAAGCUCUCCUUCGUCCAGGUCGUUUGGAAGUCCAUAUGGAAAUUAACUUACCUGAUGAACAUGGUCGUCGUCAAAUUAUCUCUAUCCAAACGAAUAAGAUGCGCACAAAUGGAGUCAUGGACGAUGACGUUGAUUUGGAUGAACUUGCCGCACUGACCAAGAAUUUCAGUGGUGCAGAAAUUGCAGGUCUGGUGAAAAGUGCUACCAGUUUCGCAUUUAAUCGUCACGUCAAAGUCGGAACUAUGGCUGGAAUUGACGAUAAUGUUGAAAACAUGCGUGUGAACCGAGAUGACUUCAUGCAUGCAAUGGAUGAAGUACAACCUGCUUUCGGUGUUGCAGAAGAAGAAUUGGCUCAAGUUGUGUCGAAUGGAAUUAUGCAUUUCGCUCCUCAUAUCGAUGUAAUUUUGCGAGAUGGACAAUUGCGUGUCGAGCAAGUCAGAACAUCAAGCCGUACACCAUUGGUCACAGCGUUGCUGCAUGGUCCACCAGGAUCUGGAAAGACUGCCUUGGCUGCUACGAUUGCUCUCAACUCACAAUUCCCCUUCAUUAAGCUCAUCUCUCCUGAGAACAUGGUGGGUAUGGGAGAAUCGCAAAAGAUUGCAUAUCUUAACAAGGUGUUCAAUGAUUCUUACAAGAGUCCAUUGAGUAUCAUUGUUGUUGAUAAUAUCGAAAAGAUUGUUGAAUGGGUUCCAAUUGGACCAAGAUUUAGCAAUGGAGUUUUACAAGCUUUAAGCGUUCUGCUGGGCAAAAGACCACCCAAAGAUCGAAGAUUAUUAAUCCUUGCUACCACAUCAAACAAACCGAUGUUGUCAGAUAUGGAAGUUAGCGAUGCAUUCUUGGCUGAUAUUCGUGUGCCAAGUAUUACAUCGUUACGCAGCGUUGAUCAUGUUUUACGUCAAACGGAAUUAUUUGCCAAUGAAGAAGAUCAAGCACGUUGUAUUGAAUUAUUACAAAGUGCAGGAUUGGCAGACGAGGAACGUUUGAAUAUUGGAAUUAAGAAACUUUUGUCAGAAAUUGAAAUGGCAAGAUUGGAUGAUGAUCCGGCUGAUAAGAUUACUGCUGCUUUGACGGCAUUUUAG